CACUGUUGGGGGCGGGCGAGUGCGGCCUCCGGGAGGAAGGGCGGUCUCAGGCUGCUGAGAUCCCGACCUGUCCCGGCGCGACCCAGGCUUUGCAUCCAACCAGUGCGCGGGGACUUUGGCCAAGCCGAGCCCUGGGAUGUAAGCGACCGACCCCUGGGGGAGUCACACGGAGCGAGGGAAGCAGCCCACUCUGGGCCUUCAGGAGGGUUCGCGCGCGCCCUCGGGCCUCAGCGAAGUGGCCGGCGCCCGGCGCUCAUCUGCACCCCGGCGGCCCGGGCUCCGGGGGGCGGGAACGGGCCGAGGUCCCGCCGGCCCGCCCCACUCCCGCCCCGCCCUGGCCGGGCGCUCGGGCUCCUCCGACGAGGGCUGCUCCGACUCGGCGGUCGCGGUCGCGGAGGUAAUCUGGAGCUCUCAAAAAUGUUUUCCAAAGCAACACGUAAUUUUCUUAAAGAAGUUGAUGCUGAAGGUAACCUGAUAGCAGUAUCAAACUUGAAUGACUCUGAUAAGUUACAACUUCUAAGUCUGGUGACCAAAAAAAAGAGAUUCUGGUGUUGGCAGAAACCAAAGUAUCAGUUUUUAUCCAUCACCCUUGGAGAUGUACUCACAGAAGACCAAUUUCUGAGUCCAGUGGUCGUGGAGUCGGACUUUGUGAAAUACGAGGGCAAGUUUGAAAACCACAUGAGUGGGGCCAUCGAGACAGCCCUGGGGAAAGUCAAGCUGGAGGUUGGAGGCAAAGGCUUUUUGCAGAGUCAGUCUUCAUUUGGAGCCCUGAGGAAGCAGGAGGUGGACUUGCAGCAGCUCAUUAGAGAUUCUGUCGAGAGAAAAAUAAACCUGAGAAGCCCUGUGCUGCAGCAGGUGCUGGAGAGAGGGAAUGAGGUCCUGUGUGUCGUGACACAGAAGAUAGUGACGACGCAGAAGUGUGUGAUAUCUGAGCACGUCCAGAUUGAGGAGAAGUGUGGUGGCACGGUGGGGAUCCAAACCAAGACGGUGCAGGUGUCGGCCAAGGAGGAUGGAAACGUCAUCAAGGACAGCAACGUGGUGCUGGAGAUCCCAGCCCCCACUGCCAUCGCCUGCAGCAUCGUCGAGUUGUUUGUGAAGCUGGAUGGCCAGUUCGAAUUCUGCCUCCUACAAGGGAAGCAUGGUGGCUUUGAGCAGGACAGAAGCGACUCUACCUUCCUGGACUCCCUGCCCUUUCGAGAGUUUGCAUUCGGGGACAUGCCAGACACUGGGCAGUGGCCAUCUGCCCCACAUGGGCCAUUCAGUGUUUUAAAACAAGCAACUCAGCUCUUGGAGAAAAAUUUCCAUCCCUUUGUGGAGCUGCCGGAGCAGCGACAAACAGUGUUGAGUGGCCUUCUCCAGACGGUCCUGUUUGAUGAGGAACUACUCGUUGUCCUGGAACAAGUGUGUGACAAUGUGGUCAGUGGCCUGUCACCCCCACUGGCGAUACUGGGGGAGCUGAAGCCCCUGCAGGAGCAGGUCCUCACAGCCUUCCUGGGACUGGUGGGGUGCAGCAUGCAGGGUGGGUGUCCAGGUCUGCAGGAUGCCAUCAGCAACCAGAAGCUCUUUUCUACAGCCUACUUCUUGGUCAGUGCACUGGCAGAAAUGCCAGAUAAUGCAGCAGCUCUGCUGGGCACUUGCCACAAGCUCCAGAUUAUUCCUACACUGUGUCACUUGCUCUGUGCUCUGUCUAACGAUGGAGUAGCUGACCUUGACGACCCCGCCUUGGCUCUUCUGAAAGACACAGACCGGUUUGGGAUUGUACAGCGUCUGUUUGCCUCAGCUGACAUUAACCUGGAGAUACUGCAGGCAUCUGUAAAAGCCGUCACCUCGAAGGACCCGAAUGUCUUCCCACUCAUUCUUUAUGUAAGCUUGUGUGGACUCUGUGCGUUAGGCAGAGCACAUGAAUGAUGCUACAUGUGAAUAACAAGGCUGCGGUUUUUCAGCAUCAAGAUACUUCUUUGGGGCUUAGGGCAGAUCCAUGUUAAAAGUGAUCCAGGAAUGAAUUUAAAAAGUUCAAGAAGAGUUGACUGCGUUAGGAGUCACUUCACAGCCACCAGGUACUCUGUAAAAAGUUUCUUUUUCAUAAGAGGUCCUCCUGUGCUGGUGACUCAAUGUCCAAGUUGAACGCUACACCUGAAGAGCUGGAGGAGGGUUGAGAACUCUAAGCUAGCCUACACUCAACCUUUAUUCUGCAGAAAUAUGGGUCCACGUAUCAUUUUCUUGUUAUUUCCCACUUUCUGUUUCAUACAACAGAUGAGCCUGGCACUUUGACCCCAAAAUCAACUUUAAAUUGUGAAUGCUGUGGGAAGGCAAUUUCUCUUUCUACGAGAGGCUAUAUUUUACAUGUGGUGAUUGGAAAAUGAACUGUAAAUGCCAUUAAAGUACAUAUAUUCUUCUGCUAGACAAAAUUAAAUAAUCUAAUAGCAGGACACCCCCUUCCGUGGGGGUCUGACUAUAUGUAUUUUAUUCCACUUUGCCAUGCUUUGAUGAACGUACUGUGUCUAGAACAAUGUGAUUUCUCAUGCAUUCUGGAUGUUUAAUCUGUAAACUAGUUAUAGAAGGAUGUCAAAACAGCAUAAAAAGCAAAAUAUGCACAGUUCAGGGUUUUCUUUGAUACAAUAUAGAGACCUGGAUGGUCUCCCUAGUGCCCCUGAUUCCAUUGCUAAGAACAACUGGGGACCUCAGGCCACUUCUGCUUUCCCUCAUCAGAAACUAGCUGAGACCUACUGGUAGACUUUGUCUUACUUGAAGGGCAGGGAGGCAGUGGCAGGAGGAGUGUGUUUGUUACCCUCAAUGUCACCUACGUACUCUCUGCCCUUCAGAUUUUAAUGAACAUUAACAAGAAGAAAUGAGGCAACUAACCCUUUCACCAUCCCUAUUAAAAAUGAGACAAAGCCUUAUGCAAAUACUUAUGGUGAGAAAAAGGGAUAUAAAGUUGUUAACAACAAAAAAUAAGCACAUUAUACAUGAAUUGAAAAGAAUAUGCAAAAGGGAAAAUGGUGGCACCUUUACAUGCCGCCUUGUCUCGUUUUCUGAACUAAAGUCAUGGGGACAAAAAACACAACAUAGGGAAUAUAGUCAAUGCUGCAAUAACUUUGGUGACAGUAACUACAUUUACUGUAGUGAGCAUUUCAUAAUGUAUAAAAUUCUUGAAUCAAUGUUGUACACCUGUAACUAAUAUUAUAUGUAACACCUGUAACUAAUAUUGUAUGUCAACUAUACUUCAAUUAGUUAUACAGUGGUAUAUACUUUUCUAAAGUCUUUGGAAAUGAUUGCAAUAAUAUAUAUGUUGCUUAUAAAUAUAUAGCUUAUUGUAUACUAAGUACUGUUCUAAGUUCCUUAGAUGUUAUAGUAAACAGUUGACAUAAUUAUAUAACUUUUUAAAAAUGUGUAAAAGUACACUUAAGUAACUAUGCUAUUAAAUCAUUCCACUUAGAGAUUUAUGUGUUUUGUACUACUGUAAUAAA